CCACACAAGCAUCUCUCUCUCUCUCUCUCUCUCUCUCUCUCUCUCUCAACAUAAGCAUGCCUGUUGAAGUGAUGCCUGAGAAAACCCAUCAAGGAAUUCAUGUAUUGGCUAGGGAAAAUAGCACUCCGCCCAAAAGGUUGGAUGGUAAAGUUGCAAUAGUAACUGGUGGUGCUCGAGGGAUUGGAGAGGCUACAGUAAAGCUUUUCGCCAGGCACGGCGCCAAGGUGGUAAUCGCUGAUGUGGAGGACACUGCUGGAACUGUCCUUGCUGAAUCUCUGGCACCAACGGUCACAUUUGUACAUUGCGAUGUUAGCUCAGAAGAGGACAUUGAGAACCUGAUCGACUCUACUGUUUCCCGCCAUGGACGGCUAGAUAUCAUCUUCAACAAUGCUGGUGUCUUAGGAAACCAAUCCAAGCGCAAGAGCAUUCUCGACUUCGAUGCAGAUGAGUUUGAUCGAGUGAUGCGUGUGAACGUUAGGGGCGUUGCUCUGGGCAUGAAGCAUGCAGCACGUGUGAUGGUGUCUAGAGGCACUGGCUGCAUCAUCUCCACGGCUAGUGUAGCUGGAGUCAUGGGCGGGCUCGGGCCACAUGCAUACACGGCGUCGAAGCACGCCAUCGUGGGGCUCACGAAGAACGCGGCGUGCGAGCUGGGCCGGUUUGGGAUCAGAGUCAAUUGCAUUUCUCCUUUUGGGGUGGCCACAUCCAUGCUUGUGAAUGCAUGGAGGCAUUGUAAUGAUGAUGAUGAGGAGGAGGAAGAUGGAUUGAAUAUUCCAAGUGAUGAAGAAGUGGAAAAGAUGGAGGAGUUCGUGAGGAGCUUGGCUAACCUAAAGGGCCCCACCUUAAGGCCCAAAGAUAUAGCUGAAGCAGCCCUUUAUCUAGCUAGUGAUGAAUCCAAGUAUGUAAGUGGCCACAACCUUGUGGUUGAUGGAGGUGUGACAACUUCAAGAAAUUGUGUAGGGUUAUAGAAGCAGUAGAGAUAGUGUUAGUGAGUAGGAGAUUUGCUGAGCUCAAACACUUGUAUAAGGUGCCCAUCUACGUGCCACACGUGCCAUCCAUCAGGUGACCAUCACAUCCAAUUUGUGUGUUAAAUGGACCGAACUGGUCUAUUUUUUUUUUUCCCAAAAUGGUUAUGGAUGGGACCCACUUGAUGGACAGUUUGGAUUCACACACGUGUGACAUGUUACUGAUAUGGUGCUGAUGGCCAGACUUAUAUACUUGUGUGGGCUUAGAAAACGUCUAUUAAGUGGUACUGAGUUGUUGAAGAAAACGACGAAGAAGAACAAUUGUUGCUUGGGAUUACAUCCAUCCUCUAUCAAAUUCAUUUUAUUUUAAAAGA